CGCCUCGCGCUCCUGUUAGCCCCGCCCCCGCCUCUUGCUGCCGUUAGCCUGGCGCCAUCCUUUCCCCUCCCCGCCAGCCGUGGUGAGCAUGGCGGCGGGCGGAGACCGCUACCUGGGCGUCGAUCUCAGCACGCAGCAGAUGAAAGCCAUAGUUAUUGAUGAUAAUCUGAAUGUAAUCCAUGAGACCAAUGUGAAGUUUGAUGAUGAUUUGCCAGAGUUUAGGACUCAGAGUGGCGUCCAUGUACAGAGUGACAAGCUAACUGUUACAACACCUGUCCUGCUGUGGGUAAAGGCAUUGGAUUUACUCUUGGAGAAGAUGAAGGCCACAAACCUUGAUUUUUCAAAAUUGAAAUCUUUGUCUGGUUCUGGCCAACAACAUGGCAGCGUUUAUUGGAAAGAGGGAGCCAAUCAGACCUUGAAAAACAUGCCUGCUGACCGUUCUCUGCACCAGAUAUUGGAGUCCAGUUUCUCAGUGAAGGAUUCUCCUGUCUGGAUGGACUCCAGUACCACUGAAGAAUGCCGCCAACUAGAAAAGUGUGUUGGAGGGCCACAGAAACUGGCUGACAUCACUGGAUCACGUGCUUAUGAGCGUUUCACAGGAAACCAAAUUGCAAAGAUCAACAAGAAGAACCCUGAAGAAUACAAGAAAACUGAGAGAAUCUCUCUGGUCAGCAGCUUUAUUGCUUCCCUAUUUCUUGGAAACUAUGCAGCAAUUGAUUAUAGUGAUGGUUCCGGUAUGAAUUUGAUGGAUAUCCAUACCCAUGAGUGGUCUCAGCAGUGUCUUGAUGCCUGUGCUCCUUAUCUGAAGGAAAAGCUUGGUGUCCCGCUGCCAUCGCACUCUGUAUUGGGGUCAAUAUCACCAUACUUUGUAAAACGGUUUGGAUUUAGUUCUGAGUGUAAGGUUAUUGCAUUCACAGGAGACAAUCCAGCAUCACUGGCAGGAAUGCGACUUCAGCAGGGAGAUAUAGCAGUAAGUCUUGGAACAAGUGAUACUGUCUUUCUCUGGAUUCAGGACCCAAGACCUACACUGCAGGGACAUAUCUUCUGCAACCCAGUUGACAGCAAUGACUACAUGGCCCUCAUCUGUUUUAAGAAUGGCUCCUUAACAAGAGAGAGGAUCCGUGAUGAGAGUGCUACUGGUUCAUGGGAGGAAUUUACAAAAACUAUGAAAGCCACUUGUCCUGGGAAUAAUGGAAAUUUAGGUUUUUAUUUUGAUGUAAUGGAGAUCACUCCCGCUGCCAUUGGUGUUCAUCGAUUCAAUGGUAGAAAUUGCAAAGUCUCAGAGUUUUCAAAAGAAGUGGAGGUUCGAGCUGUUCUAGAGAGUCAGGCUUUGGCUAAAAGGGCAUAUGCUGAGAAGUUGGGCUAUAAAGUCUUGAAAGGGACCAGAGUUCUGGCCACUGGAGGUGCUUCCACAAACGCAGAUAUCCUACAGGUCUUGGCAGAUGUGUUCAAUGCCCCAGUGUACACAAUAGACACAAACUAAUUCAGCUUGCCUGGAUCUGCUUACAGAGCAAAACAUGGUUUGGAAGCAGCAACGGGACAGUCCUUUGCAGAUUCAGUGAAAAUGGCAGCAUCACCAAAACUGGCAGUCAAACCCAUGUAUGAAGCAGAUAAGAUAUAUUGUCCGAUCCUAGCACGAUAUCAGGAGCUGGAAAUGUUGGUGCGGAACACUCCCUGAGUGAUGAAGAUCUGAUCUGGAUGCACCCGAAGAUCUUCCAAGAAGAGGCCUUUCAGUUCGUUAUGCCUGUACCGACUGUUUUAAAGAGAUUUACAUCAGUUUUUCUUUCUUUUUUCCUUAAGCUUAAUCCACAGUGUAUAUUCAGUUAUCUUUCGUACAUUCCAGUGGAAUCCGAUUCCAACAUACAGGUAACGUAUUCCAUCUCUUUGCAUGAAGGAAUUUCUUCUCUAAAGGGUAGGCCAAUUGUUUUAAAUCUGUGCACUUGCAAGAAAAACCAGGUUCUCCCUACUCUAAGCUCCUCUGUCAGAUCCCCAUUUAACCUUCUGUGUUGUUAGGAGAACAAUCCCACCUUCUUCCAGUAUCACCACAUAGCUGAACCUCAAGUCUGGCACCACCUCCUGAUGUACCACCUCUGUGACCUCUCCAUGGUGAAAUCCUAACCAUGGUGUAGUAGCCAGAAUUUUGCACAGCACUCUAGAUUGAGGCCUAAGCAGUGAUAUCUAAAAGGUUGGCACAACUUCCUUAUUUCAGUGGGGUGAACCAGUGGUGCAGCCGUUAGUGCUGAUGCCUCACAACUCGAGAAAGCGGACUUGAUCAUGGGUGCUGUCGGUGCGGAGUUUGCCUGUUUUCCCUGUGACUGCAUGGGUUUUCUUUCAGUGCUCCAGUUUCCCUCUGCAUCCCACAGACAUGCUAGGAGAUUAAUGAACCACUGUAAAUCACCCCAUAGUGUAGGUUAAUGCAGACUGAAUCAAAUGGGCAUGUGUGAGAGAGAAAAAGUUGGAGGGGUACAGGGGGAAUGGAACUAAUGGGAUCAUUCCCCUGGCAUCUGGAAUGAACCUGAUAAGCUGAAUGACCUGUUAUAAAAAUGGGAUAAUAUUGACUGCCCCCAUCUACAAAGUCCAAGAUAUAUUUUCUAAGUUAGAGAAACUGUACACUGCCACCUUCAAGGUCUGGUCAAUCUACACCCCGAAUACCUUUGUUUUUGCAUCCUUUUCAAAAUAAUAUUGUUUAGAUUGUAGCACCUACCCAAGUUCACUUUUGCGAUGUGCCUGUCCAUCUCACCUGUCUGUCCAUGUUCUCCUGGUUUCCUGCUAACUUGUUCAGCAUUUACUGUUACCAAGUGUCACCCACACAACUGUACUCCCCUUGGCCUCCCUGUUAAUUUAUUAAAAGCUGUUUGAUUGAAAUUGUAAUUAUUAUUGAAAUUAUUUAUAGUUAUUAGAGAAUCCGUUCUCAAAAUCCUCAGACCACACAGUAACUUCGUAUUUUCCCAGUAUUUUGUUGAUAAAAUUCCUGUAGUUUUCUUGUGCCAAGUGUAAAUGCAAUGGCAUUAUAAUGUUAUAAUAAACAGUAAAAAUAUCCAGCUGUUACAUAUAGCUAAGAAUGGUGUAACUAAUUAACACAUAGCUCAAUGCCAGCAAUGACUCAUUGAGUGUAUUAGGCCAUAUGGCCUGUUUUAGUGCUGUAUUUUUCUAUCUAAUUCUGUGUAAUUGUUCUAGUGCUGUUUCAUUCAUCUCUUCAUUUCAGCAUUAAAAUCCCCCUACACACACAUACACACACCACACGCGCGCGCGCACACACACACACACACACACACCCUACACACUCACCCUACACACUCACACCACACACAUACACCAUACACACUACACACACAUACACACACACCCUACACACUCACACCACACACAUACACCACACACACACCACACAUACACACUGCACACACACACACCACACAGCAAACACACCACAAACACACCACACACACACCCUACACACUCACACCGCACACUCACACCACACACAUACACACACACCACACACAUACACCACACACACACACCACACAUACACAGUACACACACACCACACACACACAAACACCACACACAUACACACACCACACACACAUACACACCACACACUCUACACACACACCACACACAAACACCACACACACGCGCCACACAAACCACACACACACUACACACAAACACACACACACACACACACACACAGGAGAAUUGGUAAUGAGGAAACAUGGAUCCCAGCAUUCCACCUUCGGGGUAACAGAAGGAGAUUGGAGGAAUUGCUGGGGACAUGUUGGGGCCUCAGUGUUUACGUUAUAUCAAAUUUAGGUGUUAACAUUGGAGGGAUGGCAGAAACAAAGUGAGGAUUUCCAAUCUUGAGGUCUUGGGAACAAUUAAAUCUGAGUGGAAGAUUGUUCCAGGUCAACAACCCUUCAUUAGACGGGAAAGAGAGAAAACAAGUUAGUUUAAAUAGUGAGAAGGUGGAGGGAGGGAGGGAU